AUGCAAUCUCAGAACAAGAUUCAGAGGCGGCACUCGCUCCUCAACCCCCGCCUGUCAUGGACAGGUCCGUCGCCGAGGGCGAUGGGCCAGAGGACCCCAACUGGAUACCUGGGCAACUUGACGGACGCCCAAGAGGCAAAGCUGCGCGCUCUGUGGGCCAUCGGCAUCAAAUUCGUCGAAAUCUGCGAGGCCGACGCGGAGCCCAGCGACGCAAAGUCCCUUGAAGAAAAGUAUGUGCCCUUGGCCAAGAAGUCAUCGUCCUUGCCCAAGGGCGAGGGACGGCCCAGCGCCACCCACGAAAAGUACCCGGGACUCGUCCUGGAACUGCUCUCGCUGCUCCCCACGGACGAGCACGACAUACAAAAGUUGGCCAGACAGGCCGUCGACGCCCUGGACCACUGGACGCCGGAAAUGUACCACCUCAUCGUCAUGCGCAUGGUCAAGUGCGAGCACCCGGACGCCCUGGGCCUUCGCUUCCUGCGCGCCUGCAACUGGGACCUCAUCCAGGCCACCAAGAUGAUGGGCAAGGCCAUUUACUGGCGGGCCAUGGAGGCGGCCGUGGACGACGACAUCAUGAAGCGAGGCGAGGCGGGGGCCGCAGAAGACGAGAAGAACGGCUUCGGACUGGCCAGGACCGUCAGCACGGACUUUAUGGACCAGAUCAGGAGCGGCAAGGCCUUCAUUCACGGGACGGACAAGGCGGGACGACCCAUUAGCUACAUCCGGCUGCGAAAACACAGGGCGUCUGACCAGUGCUACCAAAGCCUGGAGAGAUACACGGUAUAUCUCCUGGAGCUGGCUCGCUUGUCUUUACGGGCGCCGAUUGAAACAGGAACAAUCCUCAUUGACAUGGGCGGGUUUGUCACAUCGAAUAUCGACCUGUCCCCUCUCAAGUUCAUCAUCAACUGCGUCCAAAACAACUAUCCAGAGUCGCUUGGGCUCCUUCUCAUACACAAUGCCCCUAUAGGAUUCAAGACAUUGUGGAAGGUAGUCCGCUUCUGGCUGGACCCGGCAGUAGCCUCCAAGGUCCAUUUCACUCGCGGCAAGCGAGGGCUGCUCAAAUACAUCGCGCCUGAUCAACUACUAAAGGAGCUCGGCGGGAACGAAGACUGGGAGUACGAGUACGAGGAGCCGCUACCCGACGAAAACAUCCAGAUGCUAGACACCGAGACGCGUGAUCGAUUGUUCCAGGAGCGACAAGUCCUAGCCCAACGAUUCGAAGACUUAACGCAAGAAUGGGUCAUGAGUGCCCAACAUAGCGACAAGUCGCGGGAGAUCUGCGGUAAACGAGACGCAUUGGCCGAUAAGUUGACGGCAAACUACUGGGCACUGGACCCCUACAUCCGCGCACGAUCAAUCUAUGACCGCCAUGGCUACUUCCGAGGAGCGGCUGGCGCAGAAUGGUAUGCCAGGACCAAGGAGACUACAACGGCAAUUGCCACUACGCCAAUCACGAAUGACAAGAUGACGCCAGGGGAUGAGUCACCAGUUUUGGGAAGGUCAUCACUCUCAGACGGCAUGUCGACCUUGCGCAAAGCUUCGCUGUCAGAUAAUAUGUCGGCCCUGGAAAGGGCAUCCACGUUUGGUGAUACGCCGACAUUGGACAGGUCGUCGACUUCGGAAGACGAGGUGGUCUUCCUGGACGAGGUCCCGAGGGUGGAGAUCGAGAAGGUGCCUGAUAUUGCGAGCGUACAUGUGACCUUUGACCAUGUUAGUAUCAUUGGGGGCGAUGACUCUUCGUAUUACAGUGAUAUUGAUAGGGCGGAACCCUCAAGGUUAUGGGGUUGA